AUGGCUUCCGACUCAGCUGCAAACACCCCCGGUGCCGACUCCGCCGCUGCAACUCCCUCCGCCACCACCACCACCAACCAAGUGCGUCCCGGCGGCGCCCCGAUUAGAAGAUACAUGAAUGAGAAGAUUGUGCCGCAUCUUCUUGAUGGGAUGACGGUCGUUGCAAAGGAGCAACCACCCAACCCCCUCCGCGUCCUCGGCGAGUACCUCAUCCAGAAGAGCAAUGAAAUCGAACAGCAGGGUGUAUCGAAGACUCCGGAGUAG